AUGAAUCGAAACUAUGGAACUAUGGAAACAAAUGAGCCUUCUAUUGAUGGCUUUUAUAACAAGAACACAAUAGAAAGCCACUUAAUCAGUCAAGAAAGACAACUGGCGGUUUCACCGAGGACCCAGGUUGAUCGACAGUCAGACAUGUCCCUGGAGGGAGUCUCAAAAGUACAAGCCAUUGCCUCCACUUGGUCAAGAAAAUCAGUAAUUGUUGCAUAUUUAGGCCUUUAUUUAUUAGCAUUUGCUACUUCAUUAGAACAGCAAACUACUGUCUCUUUACAAAGAUAUGCAACUAGCAAUUUUUCUGCUCAUUCUAAUUUGGCAACAAUCAAUCUCGUCAGCAACAUACUUUUGGCCGUGGUUCGUGCUCCUAUGGUCAAGGCAGGGGAUGUGUUUGGCCGUACAGAAAGUAUAACUCUAGCUUUAUGCAUGGCUGUAUUUGGCUAUGUUCUCUUGGCCUGCUCACGAAAUAUUGGAACAUUUACCCUUGCCUAUAUUAUUUACAUUUGCGGUCAGACUGGCAUUGGGAUUCUCUCUCAGCUCAUUAUUGCUGAUACGUCUUCUCUAUUAAACAGGGGAAUUUUAUCUGCUAUUCCUGAACAGCCUUAUCUUCUUACUGUCUGGAUGGGGCCAGCCCUUGCUCAAGCGUUUCAUCCUGAGAGAGCCAUGGGCUGGAGAAUUGGAUACGGUAUAUGGGCCAUCAUUCUUCCCGUCGUAUCGCUCCCUCUCUUACUUUCCCUUUAUUUUAACCAACAAAAAGCUAAGGCGGCUGGCUUAUACAGAGAACACCACCAAUUUUUUAAUAAUUCUACUUUUCUUAACUUUUGGCAAGAGCUAGAUGGAGUAGGAAUAUUAUUAUUCAUUUCAGGAUUUGGAUUGUUCCUUCUUCCUUUUUCCCACUCCAGCACGGUUGUGUCUCCCGAGUCGAAUUUACUGACCUGCUUAACAAUGGGGUUGGGUCUGCUCCUACUUGUUGCUCUAUGUGUUUAUGAUUCCAAAUAUGCUGUUUACCCAAUUUUCGCAUUACGUUCUCUGAAGGAUCGGACUGUUUUGGGUGCAUGUUUUCUAAUUUUCCUGUACUUUAUGACCUAUUCCAUUUUUUCUAAUUUCCUCACUUCUUACUUACAGGUAACGCAUGACCUUUCCAUAGACGCUAGUGGGUUGAUUGUUAAUGUGUUUAUAUUUUCUAUGACCACUUCUGCUAUUUGCUCUGGUUUCCUUAUGAAGAAGUUUGCGAGGUUUAAAGUACUAUUAAAGUUUUCCAUUCCUUUGUAUCUUCUUGGAAUCAUAGGCUACAUUCUUUUUGGAUUUGAUAAUGAAAAUUCAAAUAUCCGAAGAAUUGUUUUUAUGCUUUUUGUUGCAGGUGUUGGAGGGGGAUUACUUACCCUUAGUGCUCAAGUGGCAGUCCAAUCCGUGUCUUCACAUACAAAAGUAGGCCAAAAUUUAACUCUAUAUUUAACUUUCUCUUCUGUUGGAGGUGCUUUCGGGUCUGCUAUAGCAGGUGGUGUUUGGAGCAAAAAGCUUCCUUAUAGAUUACUUACAAGCCUAGAAGGAUUAUUACCGGUUCCUGAAAUUGAAUCUAUUUUUCGAGAUUUACGAACAGCUUUAUCUUACCCUCCGAAUUCGCACAUAAGAAAUCUAAUUAAUGCAUCGUAUUCUUCUACUCAGAAGGACUUGUUUCGGGUCUCUCUAAUUUUUUCGAUUUUAAUGAUUAUCGGUCUUUAUAUAAUCAGAGAUGUUUCUUUAACCCCCGAACCCCAAAACGAACCGGCUGACUAA